AUGGGCAAGGAGCAGAAGAUAAUACCAGAGGAACAGGCAGGGUUCUGCGAGAGAAAAGGAUGCACUGACAAUGCUUUUUUACUCCAGCUAAUCUCACAAUUACGACUUCGCUUCCCGGACACAGCUGUAUACGUACUAUUUAUCGACUUUCAGAGAAUCUUUGACUCUGUUCCGCAUGGCAAACUUUGGGCAAAGCUCUUAAAAGUAGGGGUUAGCACAAAAUAUAUUAGGAUUCUCAAAAAUUUCUAUGAGCAAGCUGUAAUUCUCAUUAAAAAAGAUUCACUGUAUUCAGAGCCUAUUAAGAUCACUGAAGGGGUCCUGCAAGAAAGAGGCCUAGAUGGACUUAGUCUUGGGGAUUUAAGAGAAAUCUUAAUGCUGCUGUACGCGGACGACAUCGCUCUACUGGCAAGGUCUGCUUUAGACCUCAAAAAGAGACUCCGAAUUUUAGAAAAAUACUGUGCAGCAAAUGGACUUACUGUGAAUGUGUCUAAAACAAAAGUACUGGUUUGUCGUACAUCAGGCAGAAGUAAGAAAUGUGAUAGAGGUUUCAAGUAUUGUGGAACUGAUCUGGAGAUCGUCAAGUCCUAUGUUUACUUAGAAGUUCCUUUCAGCAGCAACCUUCGGGGAGAACUGGCCGCAUCUGAGUUUGCCAAGAAAGGGAGACAGGCAGCUGGUACCGUGCUCUCCAUCUUAGCUAAAUUAAAAGCAAGCUCUUGGUCCAGUAAAACAAAGUUUUACAAUAGUAUCUGCAAAUCUACUUUUUUAUAUCUAGCGCAUAUCUGGGGUCUUAAAGCUGAAUGUUACGAGAAGUUGGAAGCUGCUCACUUAUACUUUUUCAAAAGACUAUUUCGCUUGCCAAGCUGUACGCCGCACUGUGCUCUCAGACUAGAGCUGAAUCUGGACCACAUUUGUCUAGAUAUUUUAAAUCUUGCCUAUAACUGGGUAAUAAAAAUUCUGGAGAUGCCAAGCACCCGUCUACCAAAAGCUUGUUUUCUGCGUCUCCGUGACCUUGACCCAAAAGUGGAGAAUCUAAACUGA